AUGACUCACAGCUAUCUCGAGACCUAUUUUGCUCACAAUGGCAUGUUUAGGAAAAGGCGAACAGCACUACGUCGUCAUCACUCUGCACCCUCAUUAAGUGGACGCUUCAAUGCCGGCGACGAUGUGAAUACCAAACCAACCGAGAAGGUCAAGCCCCUUGACAAAGCAACCGACGAGAAAGAUUCGCAGCUCGACGGCAACUACGAAGACGACCUUGCAGAGGCGGUUCGACAGAGCAAACUAGGAGCACAAAGCGAAGAAACGAAGGCUGCCAUCCUUGCAGAAGCCGACGAAGCAAAUCUCCAGAAAGCGUUAAGACUGAGCAAGGAGAAGGUUACACUCGGAAGUGGAUCCGACGUGGAGCUUCAGUUGGCUUUGGAGCUGAGCAGGGUCGAGGCAGGACACAACGAGCACCCUUACGAUCCGGAUACGUUUGGCGAGACGUCGAGAAUGGGGGCAAUGAGGAACAAUAGAGACGGCGGCGUCAUGGCACGUGCCUCUGUGCCUGACUUGGAUGAUCGGUGGGAUGAUGAGCCACCCCCGCCUUACGAGCCGUAG